UGAAUUUUGGCUUCUUGUAACGUAACUAACCAAUUGUCAGAGUCAAGCAGUAUAUGUUGAGAUAGAAUGGUUUCAUAGUUUUAAUAAUUCUAUUCUGUACCCCAAGAAGCGCAGUAAUUUCAAAAGUUUUUCGGGAUGCGCUACCUUAAGAGUUUGGAAGGUGUCGCUCGAUGCAGGACCAUCCCACUAAGUUGUGAGAAGGCCGAAUUAACAGCAGUUGUCCCACGGAAAAAGGCACUACUGCCACUAGCACCUAUUGUUAAGUCUUCGCAUGACUUACUUCAAGCACUCCCCAGGUCUCCGUUCAUAUCGUGUAAAUGCAGUUUCACUGCUCCAAUGCAGAUUAGAUUUGCCCACACGGAUGUUACAAAUGUUCCUGACUUUACAAAUUAUCGGUUAGAGGUGAAUAAAGAUCCUCACUCAAAAACCUCCGACACCGAUGUGCAACGCAAAGUCUUUUCAUAUACGAUGAUGUUCGCUGCCGGUGUACUUGUUACCACAUCAGCUAAGUUCGCUGUUAGGACGUUUAUCAAACCUUUGGGACCUUCAGCCAGAACUAUGGCGGAGGCCUCCACAGAAGUUAACCUUGCUGCCAUUCCAGAAGGGAAAAAUAUCACAGUCAAAUGGCGAAAUAAACCAUUAUUCAUCCGUCACAGAACAGCAGAAGAAGUUGCACGUGAGCGCGCAGUUCCUUUAACCGCCUUAAGGCAUCCUCAGCGGGAUGAGGAUCGCGUAAAAGAAGACAAAUGGCUCAUAUGUCUGGGAGUAUGUACUCAUUUGGGCUGUAUUCCAAUAGCUCACGCUGGUGAUUUUCCAGGAGGAUACUACUGUCCCUGUCACGGUAGUCACUAUGAUGCUUCUGGUCGCAUCAGGAAAGGUCCUGCUCCACUAAAUUUGGAAGUGCCUGAAUACAAGUUUUUGGACGAGAAUACCGUUAUUGUUGGCUGACAUUUCCAUGAAGCAUCUUUAUUUAGAACACUAACCUUAGCAAUUUAUUUCUCAGAGUGGAGAGCUCUUUUUCCAGUUUUGCUUAAAUGUAUUUCGGAGUAAGAAUUUAUUCUUUCAGUAUCUUAUCAUUUUCGGUUAGUAUACUCCUUUGCACUUGACCCAUAGUUCUGAAUAUCAUCUUUUGUAAGAAUUUGUUCCUGAGAUUGAAUGUUAGUAGAAUUCGUGUUAAUUGUGAUUAGCUAAUUUUUAUUCAGUAGUCCUGUGCGUUUAUCGGUAAUCUACGAACUUAGUAAAAUCGUGAUAUAUAUAUAUAUAUAUAU